UACUGUUAGGAGGAGGAGGGUAGGACUUUAGGAGAAGUGGACUUUAGGAGAACAACUGCUGGGAAAUUGGGCUGUUGGGCUUGGCGCACUGCCUCACCAUCCCAGCUCAAGAACCCAUGAGGAAAAGGUGACCUGCCUAAGGGAGCGGCCGGAGACGUGCAGGGAGCUGACCGCACGCGGAACACCGCGCUGGACGCGCGCCUCCGCGCGGAGGAGAGACAAUGGGUUUUGCCACAAGAAGAUGGUUCUACCUACCACUGGGCUGCAUGAUGUUGAUCAAUCUGAUGAAUGCUGAUUUUGAAUUUCAAAAGGGGGUGCUUGCCAGCAUCAGCCCAGGCAUCAUGAAAGAUAUUGAUUUCCAGUGCUGGAAUGCUUGCUCUUUGACGUUGAUAGAUCUCAAGGAACUCAAGAUACAGCACAAUGUGGAUGCUUUCUGGAAUUUCAUGUUGUUCUUGCAAAAAUCCCAACGGCCUAGACAUUAUAAUGUCUUCUUAAGCAUAGCUCAGGAUUUCUGGGACAUGUAUGUAGACUGCUUGCUUUCACGAUCUCAUGGAAUGGGCAGAAGACAGGUGAUGCCUCCCAAGUAUAAUUUUCCACAGAAGGUAACAGGAGGUAAUUUAAAUGUGUAUUUAAGAGAACAACAGGUUUAGUAUUUUAAAAAAUUAAGUAUUUAAUCCUUAUUUGCCAACAAGCUAACAAAUUUGCCCAAUUUUUUCUAACAAGAUUGACUUUGAUUUUCAUUUUUACUGAUUAUGUAUUAUU